UGCCUCGCUUUGGACUUAGCGGGAGAAAAGCACAUGGCAGUGUUUAUGUGAACAUGGUGUUUUGUAUCGAAGGUCAGUUAUAGUAGGAGCGAUGGGAUGUUUUUUCGGUGCAUUGUUAUCCCCAGGCAAUCAUUUAUUAGGAGACUGAUUGUGAUGAACAAUAACACAGUAAUGGAGGAACAGUCAUCAUACUUCAACCGAAGAAUUACCAGAUCGACGAUAAAAUCCGAAAGUGUUGUUGACAAGAAGGCAGAUAUUGCAGCAUCGAAGAAACUGUCAAAACUGACGAAAGCAGCAUCAGCGGGAUCUGCAAUAAGAGCUGAAUCAACAUCUACAGAGAAGGAAAUUAUAAAUGACAAUAAAAAAAUCAAAAUAGAAUAUGAAGAAACAGACAGUAGUGCACAUUUGAUUUCUGACGCUGAAGAUUUUGAAGUUCCAGUUAAAAGAGAACAACAGGACUCAAAGCGUUCUGCUUGGGAGCCACCAAACUGCUGGCAACAGCUGGACAAUAUCCGUGAAAUGAGGAAGGACAGGGACGCGCCUGUGGACACGAUGGGCUGUGACAGGAUAAGUGACCAAGACGCUAAACCACAGGUUUACAGGUAUCAGGUGUUGCUGUCUUUGAUGCUGUCAAGUCAAACCAAAGAUCAGGUCACAUCUGCUGCAAUGACAAGACUAAGACAACAUGGCUGUAACAUUACAAACAUCUUAGCCACUGAUGACAAGAAACUUGGGGAACUCAUUUAUCCUGUUGGAUUUUGGAGG